AUGGUGCGGCAAAAGAAGGUGUUGAUCUGGCCAAGGCACUGAGCCCCGAGGCCAUGGUCCCCAUCUUGGCCAACCCCCAGGUGCAAGAGCGGCUGAUUCCCUACCUGCCUGAGGGCGAGUCUCUGCCCAAGACAGAGGAGGAGCUGCGCAAUACGAUUCAGUCGCCCCAGUUCCAGCAGGCUUUGAGUUCAUUCAGUUCAGCCCUGCAGUCUGGACAGCUGGGGCCUCUCAUGUCACAGUUCGGUCUUGGCGAGGAUGUGGCUAAUGCGGCAGCUCAGGGGGAUAUGGAGGCAUUUGUGAAGGCGAUGCAGGAGGCUACGAAGAAAAAGGAUGGCAGUGGGGAAGACUCCAUGGAGCAUUAGCCUCGUCCUGGCUCGGCGAACAGCCAGUCAAGUAGCAGAAGCCCUGAAGAGGAUCUGCACCAGCAGUUUUUUAUUGAUCAGAUUAUGCAGUUGCUUCGUACUAAUCGUUUGCGUUUGUCCGAUUUGAAUGUUCCAGAAGGCGUGUCAUCCAUAGGUCAGAGCAGAACAGGAGAGAGACAUACAGGGAGGGUUGGUCGGUCUGAGUUUGCCAAGUUUAAGCCAAGGCUGCCCACUGCUGUUGAAGUGGAGGAGAAUGUGGACACUGCUGCUGGCGUUGGCGAGUCCUCGUGGGACCUUUCUUGGUUUGACUCGGCCGAGCUCUCGGCUUCUUUAGAAGAUUGCUUGGAGAUUCCAGCCCCAGAUGCAUUUGAAUAUUCUGAAGGGCAGUCUGAAGUGGAAAGGUCAACAGAGAAUUGUAACGAUAUGGUGUCUCACCCAUCUGCUCCAGCAAGUUUAGCAACGCCUGUCCUAUCGAAAGCUGAACCUCUCAUAGACUCGCUCAAUUAUAGCCAGCCCUCAGAAGUUGAGUUUCCACAAUCGGUGAUUGAGGAAGCACCUGCUACUAACGUGGAAAGGGAAAAAAGCGACACUAGUAAGCAAUUUCUUGGUAUUGAUUUUAAGAAGGCCAGUCUGACUUGCAGUGAUGAAAUGAUGGUCCCUCAGGCACAGGACAAGAGGGUUGUGAACGAGGACAGACAAAGUUUGAAGGAUUUUGAUCCGGUGAGAGAUGAAUGUGAUAAUCAGUUAGAACCACCGGCAAACGUUGAAAUUGAAUUUGAAAAGAGCUCUGCAAGUACCAGAAUUACUCAUUUGGAUGUUCCCGAGGAGUUGAUGUGUUCUGAAAAUUUAGUGGCUGUAAAGGAUUUGAGGUCUGUCAGAGGAGGGACUUUGCCGGAAAUUAGUGAGGAUGAUGUGUCUAAUGAGGUUCCAACUAUCAAGACUGGUGUGGACUUUGAGCAUUGGGGUAGGGAUUCCGAGUUCUCAUCUGUCAUUGAAAACAAAGUGGGAGAAGGAGACAGUGAGGAGGAUCUAGAAAAUUAUUUUGAAGCGCAUGUAAAUGCUGAGAGGCCAGCUGGACAUAAAGACAGUGGGUACGAAAAAGGUGGUGAGAUGGUAGGUUUAGUGGGUGGGACCGUAGAAGAAGUAAUGGAAAGUGGUUUGAGUGGAAUCGGAGAAGAUGAGGUGAAAGAGAAAGAGACUGGUGAAGAGAGUCCCACCAAGUCGGUUGCUGUAGCAGAGGAUGAGGUAGAGGUAUUUGUUCUUGCCGAGGACAAUAAGGACUCUGUUUGUUUUGAGGAGUCCCUACAUGGCACCGGCUGGGAUACAGCGCAGAGUUCUGCUGGUCACCAAGUCUCUUCUGAGAGAGAAGACCAAGAAUGUCCAGUUGAAAGUGGCCGGGAUCUGAGGCCCCCUUUUGAAAAUCAGAUUGGACUUUCUCAAGCCACGAGCUGUGGAGAUCCAGAACAAAGUAGUCUCGACAGUGGGAUUGAUGUGAAAGUAGCAUUGAAUGUUGAGGCUCCUUCUUCCCAGGAAUCGAAUGAUGUGGAUGUGAAUAUACGUGUCUGUGUGGAAGCCCCUGCAGAUGAGCAUCAGGAACACUGCUUUGGUAUGCUGAAGAUCGAGACUGGGUUGUCUGACCAUGUGGAGCAGCAAAGUAGUAGCGGAGGUGAUGAGCUCAUGCUCAAGUCCUCCUCUUUUAUUGCAGCUUUUGAAGAAGAGGUUAAGGCUAUCUUUUCAAGACAUGAUGAACCAGAUGGCCAUGAAAUUGAAGAGUCAGGUUCUGAAGCUUCUGCUGAUGACAGUGGAUUGAAAUGCGAUAGAGUUUUAAAUACCAUGUUUGAACAUGAUGUUGCUGUCGAUGGCAAUGAAAUGUCUUUCAGCAAAUCAAGCUCAGUCCCAGCUGUGGCACCUUUACACAUUAACUUUGAGAACAGUGCAGACCUUAGCCUGCCAGUCGGAAUGCCCGGCCAUUGUGCUGCAGAGCAAAGAGAGGUAAUGAGCGCAAAGAAAAGUGAAGAGGCCUAUUUUAAGUGUUCUGAUGUCAUCACAGGAGAUCAGAUGCGCCUUCCUGAUGGGGAUGGAGACUUGCUUUGCAAUGCUGUUGAACAGUUGGAAACGACGGAGGAGGAAGAAGAAGACUCUGUGCUUUCAAGCAGGAAGAAUAGCUUGCAGAUUUACACGUCUGGGGAUCCAAAAGUAGUAGCCAACAAAAAAUUCACAAUUAAGGUGUCUGCCUUGGACCCAAAAGUUGAAACAUCUGAUUCUCAACAGCCUCAGGCAACUCCUCUGAGAGAUGCUUCUUUCUCUUCUGCCUCUCAAACAGAUGUUGAGGAUGCAUUUGAACAGCCUAAAGGUCAAGAGGAAUUUGGCACCGACGGUCCUUCACAGUUGGGUACCAGCGGGGAAAUGGCUGUAGUUGCCAGCUGCAGCUUCCAAGAAGGCCACAACAAGCGUACGACCUUCACUUCCAACAUUCAGCUUGGCUCUGGGACUGCUGGCAUUGCUUUUGAUAUAGCUGUACAGAAGACCAGUACCCCACAGGGAUCCGAUUCCAAUGCUGAAUUAGGAAAUUCUUCCGAUUUUUCUUGGAAUUUUCAGAGAAAUCUGCAAUGCAAGAGAGGUAUCCCUCCUAUGGGCAGCAGUAGUGUGUCUCAAAGUGAAAGUAGUGGGCACCUUGCAUUUCGGCGGGCUCAUGAGGUGACACUCAGUGAUUUGUAUGCGUGUGCAGUCUCCUUUUUGGAUGUCUUUUUCUGGAUUUGCAUAGGCAUUGGCCUCCUUAUCUAUGAGUGCUGCAUGAAUAGUUCACGACAUGAGUAAACUCCACUUGCAUGGCUUGGUCCUUUAGGAGAUGUUUGGAUUUAUCAUUUAGUUGGUUAGCUACUUGCUGAGGCUUGGUUAGACACGCCUUCAAUCUUGACUUAACAUGCCAUUUUGAUGUUCAGAGGUGUCUCAUAAAAACUAUCCUUUCCUCUCUUUGGAAGAUUUCAUUUCGUUAGCAAGCUACCUCUCUGUGUAGUGGGAUGUUAUUAGUUUUUUUCAAACGAGACGAGUUCUUUGCUUACACUCUCUCAGUGAUUUCUGAUUAGGAAACUUUAGAGCUGAUGUGUUUUGUGUGUUGGUUACAACAGUUUGCAAGUGUCUAAUGGGGAAAGUUUGGCUUUAUCAUCUCAUUGUAGUGACAAUGUCAACAUGACUAUUUUUUUGUCCUGAAAAAGGUGACUGUCAAUGGAAUUGGUAAUUUGGUUCAAGUGCAUGUUUGUGUGUUUGGAAAAGGGUAGGGGAGUUCUCUUGUGCAGUUUGACGGGUGGUGAUUAAAAUUGUUUUCAAUUGGCAUUGUUUGUCAUGUCCUUAUCUUUAGUCGUCGUCGUCUUCAGCUAGAUGUUGUGCUUUCUUAGUUUUUAUCCAGGAUUGAAAAAUAAAGAGCAUUUUAACCCA